AUGUCUUCGUCCGGUGCAGCGGCGGAACGGUCGGAAGCACCGCAUGACUCGACCAUAGUCGUUGAUAAAUCGGUCACCCUGACCCUUAGCAGCGACUCACUGCUGAUUGUUGACGAGCGCAUCUCUCGCAAAAAGAACCGCGGCUGCUGCGGGUUAUGCAAGUCAAAAAACAAGACGAAUACGACGCAAGCUAUUUCUUUGUAUAAUGUCCUUGACGCCGAAGUGAAUCCCUCGAACCUGGUCAUCACCUUCGCCGAGCACUCCGCGCAAAAUGAUGUCACCGUGUCCGUCCUCGACUAUCCCAUCAGCGAAAAAGAGAAGCCUGCAAUUGAGGCUUGGGUGAACCAGCUGUUGGACCAGUCCUAUGGCACCGUUCAGCGCAAGAGGCGCCUUAAGGUUCUCGUCAAUCCCUUCGGCGGCAAAGGAACAGCGGAUAGCCUCUACCAAACAUACGCGGCACCCAUUUUUGCCGCUGCGCGAUGCCAAGUGGAUGUACAGAAUACCGACUAUCGGGGCCACGCCAUUGAAAUUGCAGAGCAGCUGGAUAUCGACGCGUACGAUGCCAUUGUGUGCUGCUCCGGCGACGGUCUGCCCUACGAAGUCUUCAAUGGCCUUGGCAAACGAUCCAAUGGCAGAGAGGCACUGGCAAAAGUGGCGGUUACAUUGCUUCCUUGUGGUUCUGGAAAUGGGAUGACUUGGAAUUGCCUGGGAACAGGAAGCGUCUCGAUCGCGGCGCUGGGAAUCGUCAAAGGCCAAAGGUCCCCUCUGGAUCUGGUCUCAAUUACCCAGGGAGACACUCGCACUCUUUCUUUCCUCUCGCAGUCCUUUGGUAUUGUGGCCGAAUCGGACCUGGGUACGGACCAUAUCCGGUGGAUGGGCGCACAACGGUUCACGUAUGGAUUCCUCGUUCGACUGCUGAAACGUACCAUCUGGCCGUGUACUCUGAACAUCAAGGUUGAGAUCGACGACAAGCGGGCCAUCAAGGAGCACUACGCUACCUUUGCAGCUCGAGAACUGGAUCCCAAGGUUGAUCAAAAACGUCUCGAGGCUGCGGAGCAGUCGCCAGCGCUGCCGGAGCUCCAAUAUGGCACAGUCCAAAGCGAGCUACCUGGGGACUGGGAAUCUGUCCCAGGUGAAAACAUGGGCAAUUUCUACGCGGGCAACAUGGCCAUUAUGUCCAAAGAUACCAACUUCUUCCCCGCGUCGCUCCCAAAUGAUGGACUCAUGGACAUCGUCACCAUUGACGGGACCGUCAGCCGAGCCACCUCACUCAAGAUGAUGAACGAGAUCAGCACCGGAGGCUUCUUCGACAUGCCCGACGUGAAGAUCCGCAAAGCCACCGCGUUCCGCCUGGUGCCCCACGAGAAUGAGGGUUAUAUCAGCAUCGACGGCGAACAGGUGCCAUUCGAGGCCUUGCAAGCCGAAAUCCACCGCGGACUCGGCACAACGCUCUCCAAAUCAGGAAUUCGAUAUGAGGCUGAUGGGCCGAAGUGA